AAAGUAUUGACAACGAGAAGACAGAAUUUGAAUUAACAAAGAAAAAAUCAGACCUGGCGAGGAGGAGGAGGCGAUGACAAGACGGGAGAAGGCAGAGGAAAUGGAACUGCUGAUUCAAAAACAACAGGCAAAACUGGACACGAUUUUGGAUGAGAUUAAGCAAAAAGAUAUGAACUGUACAUGAUUACUAUGGAGAUUGAGGAACGUUGGAGAGAUGUUCCCCAACCAAAAGUUGAAAUAUUAGAAGAGGCUGUCUUGAGAAUUAAACAACCAGAGCGGACCAUUGGGCAAUCAAGACAUGAAAAUCAUCAAAUAAACCUGCUAGUGGAAUCGUUAAGAAAAGAGAAAAAGCAAGUGGAGCAGAUCAAGAUUAAACUUCAAGAAAAAGAUAAAGAAAUCGGAAACCUGAAAGCGCUGACUGAGAAACAAAGGGACGAGUUUGUACUGGCAAAAUGUGAAGCACAACAACAAAUAGAGCAUAUGGGCAAUAUUUUAGAAGACUCAAAGGAGGACAACAAAAGGGCAAAAGACAUGAUAAAGAAACUUCAGGAUGAAAAGCUAAUCAAUGAGAUCCUUCUUGAAGAAGCUCAAAGAAUGACCCAUAACCUGGAACUCAUGAAUGACAAUUUAAAGACACAGAAACAAGAACUAGAAUAUAAUAACCAGUUGUUUGAAAGACAGAAAAGAGAUUUGGAAGUAAAACUACAAGACUUGCAAAAGAAAAUGGAAGGAACGGAAGCACUGGAAGACAAAAAGAGCAGGAUAUGCUCGAGGAACUGAAGAAUAAACUAAUGACUCAGACUGAGAAAAUUGCUCAAGAAAAUAGAAAUUUGAGUGUGGAAAAAAGUAUAUUUGAACAAAAAUGGAGCGAAUUACAAAAAGAAAAACAAUACGCAGAUGACCUUUUGAAAGCUCUUAAUGCCGAGAGAGAUGAGCUUGAAGAUUUGAGGAAUUGCGUACUGAAAGAGAAGAACGAUAUCGAACAUACAAAAGAAAAUAUGGCCAAAGAGAUGGAGAUCAUUGACUCAAUUCGAAUGCAGUUAAACAGUGAAAAAAGAACAAUCGAAAUUAAAAAAGAGCAGACAAGAAUUAAGGAGAACGAUCUUAAACAGGUUGAGUCUGCACUACAAAAAAAGAUGGAUGAUGUAGAGAAACUGGUGGAAAACACUAAUAAAGAGAGGGAGAUGCUAGAAAUGGUCAUAUUGGAACAGCAGAAAGAAAAGGAGAGGAUGAAGGUGACCACUGAAGAUCUUUCAACAGAGAAAAAUGAAAUGGAUCAAAUGAAAGUGGAAAUACAGAAGCAAAGAGACGACCUAGAUAACGCCUUAAAAAAGCAACAAAGAGAAUUCGAGAUCAGGGAGGACGACAUUCGAAGAGAAAAGGAGAAUUUAGGAAAGAUGAAAGCUGACUUGGCAAUGCUGGCCAAAGAAAUAAAUCGUGAGAAAGAUGAGUUGAGUAUGGAGAGGAACAGACUUGAGUGUUGGGAGGCAGAACUACUGAAGCUGAGACUUGAAGCCGAGACAAUGAAGAACACUCUGGAAACUGAAAAGCUCAGCUUGAGACAACACAAAGCUUAUCACCGAACAAAGGGAAGAGGAGCGCAUGACAAAGAUAGGAUUACAAAACGACAGGAAGUUCUUGAGCAGCUGAAGACCGACAUAGCAGUACAGAGGGAAACUCUAGAAAACGAAAAGUGCAAAAAUACACUCAAAAAACAUGAACUAAAAAUCAAACAGGAAAAAAUGGAACAAGAGCGGAAAGAACUAGAAGAUCGAGUUCUUGCGGAAAGGUCUUGGCUUGAGAAGAGACAGCAAGAGCUACAGGGGCUGAAGAAUAUUGAUGAAGAAGUACAGAGAAAAAAGAAAGAACUGGAGACAAUUAACACUGAGAUACAAAAAUGCGAACAGGACAUGAUAAAGAAAAAUAUUCAGUUUGAUCUUGAUGUGGAUGAUCUAGAAUCCAAGACAAAACAAUCGGAAAAACGGACAGAAAAGAAAACAGCAGAAAAAGAAAAACUGUUUGAGCGAAUUGAUGCCCAAAGAGAUUUAGGAACGAGUGAAUGGAGAAAAAACGAACUAGAGUUAGCAGAUAUCAAGGAACUACUUGAUGAUGACUUGGUAGAGCUAAAGUGUAUGGACACCAUGCUUAAAACUGAGGUCAAGCCAAAAAAGACUGUUCUAAGAACUACAUUCGAACAAAGAAAGAACGAGGACGAGAUGAAAACUGAAGACGUGAUCGUUGAGAAAAGUCAAACAGAAAGUGACAUAGUUGAUUUUGCAGGAGCAGAUCAUAUGGCAGUAACAAUCAAAAUAGAUGCUGCAACCCAAACCUAUAUGGAGGUCAUGGAUGAAAGUUUUCUCAAAGGAGCUCUAGAAAUAGAGCAAGACAUGUAUCAAGAAGCUGCCAGGACACUACAAAGUGAAAUAUCUGGACUAAGAGAUGAAGCAUCCUGUUUAACACAAAUUUGUCGAAGCAGAAGACAAGAAUUGAAGCAAAUAGAAGAAAACCAAAAACGACGCGAGAACAUACAAGAAAGCACAAAAGGGAUGUCACACGACAAAUGCAUCCAGUGUAAACUAGAAAAACAAAUGAACGAUGCAGAAUCCAUGACGGAGAACAUUAGCGACGUCAAAGUCAUCAAGAAAACGGCAGCAGUCACGCAGAGGGACGAAAACCUAAUAAAAGAAAUGAGUAUAACAAUAAAGAACAUGGAAGAAGAACUUGAGAGAAGAUUACAAGAAAUUCAAAAGAACGAAGUAAAGAGAGUUGGAGUGCAGAAAGAGCAGAUCGAGGUGGAGCUGCGAACUUUGGCUCAUCACGAAAGGGGUCCGGAGAGGCGGAAAAUCAUGGAGAUGGAAAAGCAAAUAAUUUUGUUAAAAGAGUGUAUGCUGAUGGAGAUAAACCAAUUGAACAGCAAGAGUGAGGAUACAAACGCUGGAUACAUGCAAAGGAUGGAGCAGCUCAUCACUAAAACCGUCGCAAUUAAGGACAGAGUCAAAAACGUGACGGACAAAGCCGUACAAACAGUGACGAAAGAGAGACUAGAAGGCGAGAUGAGACAGAAGAGAGAAGAUUCCGUAACGUCUGAUAUGCAGGUGGAGGAAAUUCGGACAGAAAGACCACUGGAGCGUGCAAGCACUUCUCUCCAUGUGGUGAUGGAUGAUGGAAAUGAGAGACUGGAAAAUGAGGCUCCAAUGGAAACACAAACUACAAAUGUAUCACAAAGACGCCGGCUACUGCAGUGGGUCAGGGAACGUUGCUGCCGCUGUCCGAAUAAAACCAAGCAAGAGGAAUGAAGCAUUUUAGAAACUUGAUGCCAAAUUAAUGCCAAACAAAAUUAAACUAAUUAUCAGGUUGAAUUUACAUGUAGUUUGAACCUGUUCUGGUAUUUGCUACAGAAAAAAUAUCACUAAUAAUAAUAAAAUAAAAUAAAAAUCUUAGUAUACAACAUAUUUUUUUUACUAAACGUGAAACAUCUUGUUCAUUGUCAUUAGUAAUAUUUUUUAUCAUAAUUCAUUUAUAAUUAUAUUCAUAAUAUUGGAUUUGUCAUCCCAUUGUUACUUUCACUAGUGAAAUUAUAAAUUUUUGUUUCAUGUUCACUUUCUACAUGCAUGUUUCUAUUCUUAGGCAUUUUCCUAAAAAGCAUGUUUGGGACAUUCGUCUUGUCUUCAAUCACUGCGUUUUGUUUCUAGAUGAUGAAUUCAUGUAUUUCUAUAACACAACAAUGGAAUAAUUCGAAACCUUUGUAAGUGCCCCCUGUGUAAAAAAGGUUGAAGAUUAAAUACACAAAUCCUAUAUAUCAUUAUAUAUUAUGACAUAUGACACACCCCUUGAAAAAUCACACGAUUAAACUGCUGUUAAAAGGAGACACAUUCUUCCAACUAAUGUAGAAAAUCCAGAAGGUCUUUCAGAAGGUCUUUCUUUCUCCUUCAAAUUUUCAUUGGACAAACGUCAAAAUCAACCUUGCAUGCUCAGAGAGCGAGUGUUUUGAGGAUGUUACACAGCCAGUAGUUUGGGAAAGGUGUUGGCUGCAUGGUCUUUGGAGGACUGCAAUAGUUUUCGCUGGUCCAUACUGUCAUUGGCUGGUAAUGAGGGAAAGACCUGAAAGCAUCUGAAUCACAAAUUUUCUUUUGGCUUCUCCCAUCAGGGUUCGCCACAGCGGAUCAUCCACAGGUUUGAUUUGGCACGUAACCCUCCCCAUUUAUCCGGGCUUGGGACCGGCACUCAGACUGGCCGGGGUUGGUUCCCUGACCGGGGAUCGAACCCAGGCCGCAGCAUUGAGAGCGCCGCAUCCUAACCACUAGACCACCAAUUCCCCCCCCAAAAAGCAGGCCAUCUUUAAAGUCAUGGUUUCGGUAGAAUAUGGAUGAUGUCGCAUUACCAUAACUACAGGGAGCUCUGUAAGAUUCAUUAGUUCACCAAAUAGCAACAUAGAAUUUAAGUAUGCAACUACAUAUAUUGCAAUAAAUGUUUCAUUUUUAAUCAA